AUCAUAGAUAUAUAAUAAGAUGAAACACUGAAGUAAGAUGAAACACUGAUUCAGAGAAGCGAAAGGAAAAUAGAUCAGAAAUUGUUGCUGAUGUCAUUAUUGAUAUCAUAUCUUCUUUGUGAGUUCAGCUAAUUUACAGCUGUACAGAUCCAUAUGAAGUUUUUGUCAAUUCUAGGUUUUACUCUGUGAUAUUUCAGUGAAUGCAUACAAAAUUAUAGAUAUGAAAUAAGAUGAAACACUGAUUCAGAGAAGCGAAAGGAAAAACAGAUCGGAAUGUGUUGAUGAUGUCAUACAACUUUUGAUUUCAUAUCUACUUUUGUGAGUUUAUCGAGCCGGGGGUCUCACUGGAAGCAGCCUCUCUAUUCCUACGGGUAGAGAUGGUAUUCAAUGGCAACAACCUGUAAUUUCUUUUCAUUUGGAUAACUGGAAAACGGAAUAUAGGGCAGGUGAAACUGCAAGUAUUGUGGUUUCUGUAGAGGUAGGUUUCAAGUCCGAAAAAGACAAACAAGCUUUCAAUCCAAGUUUUUCAGUGAAUGAAGUGAUGGGGAACAGUAGUCUUGUUACUGGGCUUUGGUUUGACAGGAAUAACUGGAGGAUUUUCUUUAUGCCAAUUAUGGUAGGGGUGUUCAAUGUGUUUAUUAGCGAUGAUCGUUUCAAUGUACACUGUUAUAGUAUAAGUUACCGUGUCAACCCAGGUCCAAUUUAUGAGCCUGGUGGCGUUGUCUCAUGGAUGGGUGAAGUCAAUGAUUUUGUAGCUGGGUCAAAAGCUACAGUUUUACUACUACCGAAAGAUGCAUUUGGGAAUAAUGUUACAAGUGCAAGCGAGAGACAGAAUAUUCACAAUUUUGACGUCCAUGCAACAACUUUAAAUGGAUCGAACAUAAAUUUGCUGGAUAUAAGCAACAAAGGAUGGAAUGAAUUUGGUUAUGUGUGCAUCGAAUUUGUUGUAGUCACAGCUGGACAUCUCUCAUUUCACAUAAAACACAAAAACGAUUCUCUAAUUGGUUCUCCAUUACCUUUAACUGUCCACCCUGAGGCACUUGAUGUUGCCAACUGUUUGGCGCAUUGGAGCACUGAAACAAACUCUUUUCAACUGUUUUCAAGGAUGGAAACUUUUGUGAGCCAGAGAGAUAAAUUCGGGAACCUUGUUCCGGGGCUGCAUGAAUUUGAUUUUGAAGUUAUGCAGGAAAGGUUGUCUUUACCCCUCACUGACUUGCAAUACAAGGAAGUAUCGCCGGGCAUUCAAUCCUUUUCUUUCAUGGUAGUUAAACCGGGGAACUUCAUUCUCAUCAUCUCAGCGUUUAAGGAGAUGAUUAUGGAUAUGCCAUAUGAUUUUAGUAUCUACACAGGGUACUGUGAUGAUCCACAUAGUCGGGUGUAUGGACCUGGUAUACAUGAUUCUAUUGCAGGGAAAGAUUCAAGAUUUACGGUAUCGUUAAAAGAUGCUUACCAGUAUCCUUCAUUAAUUGAGUUAGAAAGGCUUCAAGUACAAAUUACACUGCCUUCACUCUCUCUUCGUGUAAAUCCGCAAAUACGUCCAAGGGGUGAUCGUCAUGGUACUCAGCCAACUGGAAUGCUCAGUUAUGGUGCAUUUGGUCCAACGGGAAUGACUUAUGUUCCAUCUAAUUUCUCACAUGACAAUUCUGUUGAGAACUCGAAAACAGAGAGCAGUGACUUUGAUGUCACUUAUAUGCCUGUAAAAUCCGGUGCAUAUGAAAUUCGUGUAUUUUGUGGUAAUAUUCCACUAAAUGGUGGCCAUCCAUUUAAAAAGACAGUACAUCCAGCCGAUGUGAAUAUGUCUGUAUCAAGAGUUGUACAGUACGAUAAAAAGGUGUCAGCCGGGAUUCUAAAUUAUGUGGUGGUGCAACUGAUGGAUUCUUUUUAUAAUCCAGUGUUGCAUGUAAAACAUCUGUUGAAGCUGGAGAUGGCUUCAACGAAUGGUUCACAUUUCUUUCCUUGCCUUUUUAACGAUAACAAUGAUGGGACCUACACGGCGUCCUACCUGGCAUACGGUCCCGGAGAUUUUGAGUUAUGUAUUUCAUAUAUGCAACAACGUGUCUUGCCUUGGCCCUUUGGAGUCCAGGCGUUUGAUGCUAAGGAGUUCCCUUCAGUCCGCGAUGAUACAGUCAACGUCUGGGAGGAUCAGUCUACAGCUUUUAAUGUUCUUGAAAAUGAUAUCAUCUUUGACGGAAAAGCAACACUUUGUGAAUUUCAAAAGCCCAGACAUGGUUCAGUUUUGCAGUAUGGAAAUCUCUUAAGAUAUACACCGUAUAAAGGAUUUUACGGACAUGAUAAAUUUGUUUACAAAAUGGCAAAUGCACAUGGCAAUACUGGUAAUGCUAGUGUAAACAUUUACGUCCGCACCAUUCCUCCACAGUUUGUUUCUCCUCCAAAAGAGUUGCACGCAGUUGAAGAUACACUCGGUCCUCAAUUCGGUGGUUUUCCUGGCUUUGAGAUGAUAUAUUCAGACUUACAAGAUAACAUUUCUGUUACGCUGACUGCACCAAACGGGACUGUUUUUCUCUCUCCUGUCUCAAUGCAACUUUGGGAUCCAAUGUGGACUGGACUUACAGUCAGUAAAGUGGACGGAGGGGAUGAACGUCUGAAUAUAACUGGUCGUUUGGAAGCCAUCAACUUUGCCCUAAAGUCACUCCAAUACAUAGGAAACGAGAACUUCAAUGGCAAGGAUACUAUUGCGCUCUCCACCUUUAAUACAAAUGGAGAAGGACAUUUAAAUGUUCAUAUAUUUGUGGAACCGGUUAAUGAUCCUCCAGUUAUUAAUGUGCCUAAAUUCAUCAUCCUAGAGAAUGAGAAGGAAAAGGAAGGAUUUUUGUUAUUUGAUAGACGACGAAACAAGUUUAAUUUCUCCGUUGGGGAUCCAGAUCAUCCUGUUUUUACAGUUGCAGGGAAUGAGACUAACUUCCGGGUCAUGUUUUCGGUGGAAGUAAGUAUCGGAACAUUCUCAGCCAAGCUACCAGCUCAGCUUAUAAGCACAACUGAAUUGAAGUUGAAAAGAAGCAAACAGUGGCAACCCCUUCUAACGUUUGUUGAAAUCUCACACCAUUUUACUGUCAACAAAGUAACAGGCGUUAGAUUUCUGGGAACCAUUAAUGAGUGCAACACUCUUCUUCACCAACUUAUUUAUUAUGGUGGCAAACAUGAGGGAGUUCUUAGAUUGAGGGUUAAUGAUAUGGGGUGGCACGGAUGUUAUCCAGAUUGUUUGCAUAUGAUGUCGGUGCCUCUUACGUCUGAAGCUACUGUACAUUUAAUGAAAAGAACACCCAUGAAUCCACUGGUGGCUCAUUCUCUUGGAUUGGUGAUUUUGAUUGAAUCCGUUGUAGUCUCUUCAUUGGCUGUGAUUUUGACGGUAUUCACAUGUAAAUGUGUAAUCAUUCUUGUACGUGAAAGGAAGAAACAAGACGCAGAGUCUCCGAAUCAUCAACUUAAUGAGCUGCAAAAACCCCAUGAACAACCUUCCAACUUACCAAAACCGGCUGAAGAAACUAAUGUAUCUGAAGGUGCAACAAUGAUUCUCUAGUAUUCUGGUUUAGUUUAUCACAUGAUAUUCUUUACAUGUUAGAUUUGGUGACCCUUUAUAGCAGUUUAAUCCAAUUUUAACUCUUUUUUUUU